CACAAGAUUUUAUAGAAAGUGCCAAAACAAAGAUAACAGUUUGUUCAGAAAUGAGAUGGAAACCUACCACGUGACUGCAGUGUUAUAAAAAGGCGAGCAUCUGAGAGCAGGAGAGCGAGAGACCAGUCGUUCUUCUACAGUUAAAGAUCACUAAAAACAGAUCUCCUGUGUUCAUCUCACUUCAUCUACUGAACUUCAACAUCAAUUUCCAGCAGCUUGUGAUUUCUGAUAUCCAUCAUCUCACACUUGUCAUCACACUCUUCCUCAUCACACACUCCUCCAUCGUGUGUCAGGAUGCAGCUCCUCUCUCUGGUGCUCCUGCUCUCCUCUUUCUCCUCAAUGACCCUGACGGAGGUCGUUAAUUCUUUUAAACAAUCCUGUCCUAACUUCUUCAUCCGGAACCCGAAAAAAACAAGUGACAUCAUCACCCCCACUAUCAUCACUGGACAACAGUAUAAGACGAUUUGCCAGCGCUGGGACAACAGCUACAGGUUUGCCACCGUGUACGACACUGUGGGGAGGAUCCCUGUUUACUCGGCUUACACACUCUUACAGGCAGGAACGACUAAACGCAGCGACGAGUGGAAAAUUGAACCUCAGCUGGAAAAUAUUGAAGAAUAUAAAAACUUGAAAGAGAUGAUCGAUUCCCCGAGACUAGCAGGAAAGAUAUUUAACCAGGCCGUGAACUCUGAUUAUAUAAAUAUAGAGUUUACUAGAGGUCACGUGUUUCCACGCCAGUUUGCUGCUGAUCAGGAUCAAGCAGAUUCCACCUUCACUUUAAUUAACGUAGCUCCACAAACACAGGACAGCAACCAAAAUUGGGCUGCACGAGUGGAGGAACCGAUGCUUAAUGAAAUAAACCAAGACUGCAAACUCGACCAAAAUAACCUGGCGUACGUUGUGACCGGAGUCGUCCCAGGGAAGAACUGGAUAUCCAUAUCAAGAGAAGUAGGAAUAGAUCGAGAAGGAAUUAAUAUUCCCAGUCAUGCUUGGAGCGCUUACUGUUGCAGGAAAAAAACAGAUUAUAAGAAGCUCAUAGUGAAGACCUACUUAGCUGAGCUAGACGAAUUUAAUCUCAGACGCCCCGACAUUAAAAACCUGAAUAAACGGCUGACUGAACUGUAUAAUAAAGGGAUACCUUUUAAUGUGUUCCCAGGUUUAGACUUGAAUGAUUAGCAUGUGGACCUCACAGAACCAUGUCAAGUACAAAUCAGAAAUGAAACCGACUUAUAAUCUGGAUUAUGUGUCAUGAAUCUGCACAAAAGAUCACAUAAUAGCGAAGCACGGUGGUGGGAUCAUAAAAUCAGCUUCUUGGUUGCUUCACUCUCUGUCUUCCUCUCAAUAUACUAUACUAUAAAUAAUACUAUACAAGUAAAUAUUGUAACAGAUGCAUAAUUAUUCACCCUGAAACCCUGAAUCAGCUUCCACCAGAUGUAACUGCAUGAAUUAUGUAUGUAAUGUUAUUACGUAUGUAUGUAAUUAUGAUGUAAUGAGUAAUUGAAUGGAGUUAUUCUGUGUGCAACUGCGA